AUGAAUUCCUUUGCUGACCUGACUUCAAGUAAUCUAACUUCAUCAAUCAACAUGACCAAUUCUUUGCCUGCUACAGUAGCCUAUCAAUUCAAUUCCACCAGUACUCCUCCAUCAAUGUCAAUAACUAGUCUUUUUCCAGCCUUGUUAGAAUGCUUUGGUAUAAUCCUUUGCGGAUAUAUAGCAGGAAGGGCCCACAUUAUAACAUCAACACAGGCCAAAGGACUAGGGAAUUUUGUUUCCCAUUUUGCACUUCCAGCCUUACUAUUUAAAAACAUGGUUAUACUUAAUUUUUCUCAUGUAAAUUGGUCUUUCCUUUAUAGUAUCUUAGUUGCCAAAGCUUCUGUAUUUUUUAUUGUAUGUGUGUUAACAUUAUUAGUUGCCCGUCCUGACAGUCGAUUUAGCAAAGCUGGAUUGUUCCCUAUUUUUGCUACACAAAGUAAUGACUUUGCAUUGGGAUAUCCUAUAGUUGAAGCUUUAUAUCAAACUACUUAUCCAGAAUACCUUGAGUACAUUUAUUUGGUGGCUCCAAUAUCUCUUAUGAUGUUAAACCCUAUAGGGUUUAUCUUCUGUGAAAUCCAAAAAAGCAAAGAGAAUCAUGAUACAUCUCAAAACAAAGUAAAAAUAGUUGGACUUGGACUUCUGCAUGUGUUGCAGAACCCAAUUGUAUUUAUGGUCUUCAUUGGAAUUGCCUUCAAUCUUAUUCUUGGCCAGAAGGUGCCAGUUUACUUGGAAAAAUUUCUGGAUGGACUUGGGAGUUCUUUUUCUGGCUCAGCCCUAUUUUAUCUUGGUCUUACAAUGGUGGGACAAAUAAAGAAACUGAAGAAAUCUGCAUUUGUUGCAAUAAUUCUGCUCAUCACAGCUAAACUCCUGGUGAUGCCACUUCUGUGUAGAGCAAUGGUGGAGCUCUUGGACAAGACCGGUGGUUUAGUGAACCAUACUAGCUUAUCUAAUUAUGCAUUUUUAUAUGGAGUCUUUCCGGUAGCACCAGGAGUGGCUAUCUUUGCAACACAGUUCAACAUGGAAGUAGAGAUUAUAACCUCAGGGAUGGUGAUAAGCACUUUUGUGUCAGCACCAAUCAUGUAUGUUUCUGCAUGGUUACUGACCAUUCCCUCUAUGGAUCCAAAACCCAUGGCAUAUGCCAUUCAGAAUGUUAGCUUUGAUAUAAGUAUUGUCAGUUUGGUCUCUUUGAUCUGGUCUCUUGCUGUUCUACUUCUGAGCAAGAAAUAUAAACAGCUUCCUCAUAUGCUAACAACUAAUUUACUCAUUGCCCAGUCUAUUGUCUGUGCUGGAAUGAUGAUGUGGAAUUUUGUUAAAGAGAAAAAUUUUGUUGGACAAAUUCUGGUGUUUGUUCUAUUAUAUAGUUCUCUCUAUAGCACCUACUUAUGGACAGGACUUCUAUCAAUUUCUUUAUUUCUGUUGAAGAAGAAAGAGACAAUUCAGAUUCCUGUAGGAAUUAUCAUUAUAUCUGGAUGGGGCAUUCCUGCCCUUCUUGUGGGUGUUCUUUUGAUAGCUGGAAAACAUAAUGGUGAUAGCAUUGACUCUGCCUUUUUUUAUGGGAAAGAUCAGAUGAUCACUACAGCAGUCACCCUAUUUUGUAGCAUAUUGAUAUCCGGCAUAUCAUUGAUGUGUAUGAACCAGAGUACACAGGAAGGGAGUUAUGAGGGAUUGGAUCGUCAUUCUCAGAACAGCAAAACAGGGGAGGCUGAAAGAACUUCUAUUGAGGAGAAUCCAGUGCCAAUAAAUGAACCAGAAAUUUUUACAAGUUCUACUAUAGAAAGAAGUUCUUGUUCAUGUUCAGUAGGCAAUGGUGAAUUGUGCCAUUCUUCAGUAGACCCAAUAGACAACAGGAGUCCAGGUGAAACCCUUACUCCUUCUUUGGGAACAGAUGAGCAUUGUGUGAGUCAGUGUAAUUCUCAGAGCUGCAUAUUAGCUCAGGAAGAAGAACAGUUUCUACAGAUCGGAGACAAACAACUGGCUAGACAUGUGUUGCUGUGUUUACUACUUAUUGUCGGCUUACUUGCUAAUCUUUCCAGUUGUUUGUGGUGGCUGUUCAACAAGGAACCUGGAAGACUGUAUGUUGAAUUACAGUUUUUUUGUGCUGUAUUUAAUUUUGGCCAGGGUUUCAUUUCCUUUGGAAUCUUUGGGUUAGACAAACAUUUUAUCAUACUGCCCUUCAAAAGAAGAUUUGAAUUCCUGUGGGGUAAUAAAAUAACAGCGGAAAAUGGAUCAUCUGUUCCUGAGGAAAUCAGAAUGACCUGUCAACAGUUUGUCCAUUAUCAUCGUGACCUCUGUGUCCGAAGCAUUGUCAAGGAAAGAAGGUGUGGAGCAAAGACCUCUGCUGGAACUUUCUGUGGCUGUGACCUGGUGAACUGGCUAAUUGAAGUUGGCCUGGCCUCUGACCGUGGCGAAGCAGUGCUAUAUGGAGACAGGCUGGUACAAGGAGGAGUUGUCCAGCACAUUACCAAUGAAUAUGAAUUUCGGGAUGAGUAUUUGUUUUACCGAUUUCUUCAGGACAGCCCUGCAGGGAGUCCUAUAAGCUCUAAUUCAGUCGCAUCCUCACAGGGCAGACAAGUAGAAAUUGAGCACUCAUCCCCUACCUCACUUUCUCCCAAAACCUAAAAUAUGUGUAUAUAAAACUCAUAAGGAAACUUUAUCAAACAAAAACCAAAAACCAUUUUCCCCUACUAUAUCAUUAUUAUUAGAAAGCUCCUAUUGAAUAUCAUAAUCUCCAGUUUGGGCAAAAAUUGUUAAUGAUUGAUUUGCAUGAAAUAGUUUAAUAUAAUUUUAAUAACCAAAUAAGCCACUUCUCCAAAUUGCUGAAUCUUGCAGUUGGAGCUGUAAAUGAAUCUCGUGAUUAUGUAUACUUUGCACUUACCAGUUGCACUUCAUGGAAGGACUCUGAAAAUCAUUUUAUUAAGAGGUCUUCCUACUUCUUCAUUUUCUUUGCCCAGUUUCUUGACAAGUGGUACACAUUCAAGCCAGGAACAUGAUGCAUUUUUUUAAAGUUAUUCCUGCUUUUCUAUCAAAAGGUAGGGAAUGAUCUCCACAAAUCUAUAAUAGAAUUGAAAAUUCUCUACUCUUAACUUAUUGUGCAUGUUAUGACUAGAGCAAUUUAACUUACAUUACACUCCCAAAAUUAUUACUAUAAUUUGUGAUAUAUACUUAUAAUUUUGCACAUCCCAUCUCAAGAAAUUUUUGCACAUGUCAUCUGAACUGCUGUUCAGAGAAAUUAAGAUAGGAAAGAAGUAGUUCAUUUCCACAAUCAUUUAUCUUGUGUCUCUCAACAUCAUGCUCUUUGCUAGGCUCUGGAGAUACAAAGAUAAAAAUGAAAGCUUUUUACAUAUUUCAAACUAUUUUUAAAACAAAUCUAAUAUGCUGCUAUAAAUUUUAGAAUUUAAUUUUGGGCAUGCUCAUUCCUAAGCAUCUACAAAUUCAAGUUAUUCAUGCUGUGUGCAGUUAUGAAAUAUUAUUCUUGGUUUGAAAUUGGUGGGGGGGAAAUGGAGAGAUAAAAGUGAUCAUGUUAUCUCUGAGUUACUCAAUGUUCAAUGCCCUUUAUUUCGUAAGUUUUGUCACUUUUUUAAAUGUCUAGAAAAUAUUAUGCCCAAGUUGUCUUACUUUUUAAGCCCUAUUCACUAGCCCUUAUGCUCAAUUUUUAGCCCUUCUGCUGAUUUAACUAAAAAGUAUUUAGUUUCUUUGUAUUUAAUUGCAUCUAACUUCUGUAUGAAUGAGUUUUUUCUAUUUUCUACUUGGAUCCUUUUUUUAAACAAGUGAAUAGGGCUCAUUUUACUACCCUUUUUAAGUCCAUGGUUUUUUUUUUAAAUGAAAACCUUAGUAUAUUUAACAAGAGUAAAUCCAAACACUUUGCUAUGACAUUUGUUUUCAAUUACAUUUUAGAGGUGGAGCAUUUUUUUUGUUAUGUAGAGUCACUUUGGCAGGGAAACCUUAGUUUUUUACAUUUUAAUUAAGUGAUUGUCUUAAUGCUCUGGAGUUUAGACUGAUUUUAAGCUUAAAUAUAACAUAUGCCAGGUGGAACUGAUUUAUAGCUGCAGUAUUUGAGAUACCAACUCACAUGCAUGUAAGCAUCUCAAAUUUCAAUUAAGAAUCAAUUGUUUUGCCUUUGCACAAGUCAUUGCAUAAGUUCUCUUAAAGGGAAGCAGAAAACUGUCUGCAUCUUUUAGCACAGACAGUACAUACAGAAAACUUUUGAUCAUUGUGAUCUGCAGGUUUAGUUAACUUUGUUAUAUUAAAAUGUUUUUAGAAUUAAGGAUAUGUCAAUUUUACCGAAUGAAAAUCUUUGUAUCUGUGACCUCAAUAAUAUAGCAAAUUUCUCAAUAAAAUAGCUCUUUUAA